AUGGCAGUUGACUUUCAACUGCCCUGGUGCAUGCCUCCGGUGUCGGUGCAGGACAACUCGGGGCCUAAGGUGCCUUUUUGGACAAUAAACGUUGCACAGAAUGUCAUGUCGGGUCAAAUUCCUUUAGAAGAGAGCGUUGAGAUUCACGGUUCACCAGACGACGGCGUCAAGCCCUCUAUGUUUUCUCUGUACCUUGGAUGCCUUCAUGGUGUCGUGGCAGGUGUCAGCAGCAAAACAUGGUUCCUAAGCUUACUACUUAGCCCAAUGUCCCAUGUAAGACAUUGUCAUAAUACAACACUUCGCAUAGCCUGCGCCCGAUGGAACCUGCAGUACAUGCUUUCACAACCUCCCAUCUUGAUGGAUGCGCCGGGACUUGGCGAAAGAACUCGCGCAUUCGCCUUCAAUGCCAGCAACGCAAGUGACCUCUCCUCUCCAGCGAGGGAUGCAGGUCAAGGUUUCAACAUCAUGGAAGGAUUAUCGGCGGGCCGGAAAUGGGCCUACUCCAGCGGCGCACAUGAAAUAACAGACACCAUCACCGAGCCCACCAAGAAGGUCUUCCACGACUCCAAGAUCAUGCACAAGAUUGUCCUCGUCGGCAGUUUCACUUAUAUGUUGCCAUCGACACCGACGGUAUCCUCAAUGCCUCUGCCUCCAACUAGAAUGUCAACUCGCAUUACGAUCACAUACAACAAGGGUCAUCUGGACAAAGGAACACAAAAUGGAGGCGAGUCGAGCGUGAGGGGGCAUUGUUGUAAGCACGUGGUGAUAUCCCCAACCUCUGAGUCGCCCUGUUACUGUGGGUAG